AACUGUCUCGCAGCAGAUCCACGGAUCCCUCCGCCGCAGGAAUAAGUGCGCAGAUUUUAAACUCUAUUUAUUCCACAGAUUGUCUCUCGUUGCUCCGCGAUGCCCGACACAACUCCUCCAGACUCCGGGGAACACUCCACACUGCUCCGCUUCUCCUCCGCACUGUUUUACGCGAUCAGCUCCUUUCUGAUCACGGUUGUGAAUAAAACUGUGUUGACCAGCUACAGGUUUCCCUCCUACAUGUUUCUGGGAGUAGGUCAGAUGGUCACCACUGUUGUUGUCAUUUACGCUGCCAAAAAGAGCAAAACAGUCCAGUUCCAAGACUUUGACAAAAGCAUUUUCAUCAAAAUCUUCCCUCUUCCUCUGCUCUACGUCGGGAAUCAAAUAACAGGACUGGCCAGCACCCAGAAGCUCAGUUUGCCCAUGUUCACAGUAUUACGGAAAUUCACCAUAUUGAUGACAAUGAUCCUGGAAGUGUAUAUACUAAGAAAAACGUUUCCCAGACGUCUUGUUUUCAGUGUUGUGACCAUAGUUGUUGGUGCCAUGAUUGCUGCGAGCUCCGACCUGGCCUUCGAUGUUAGAGCCUACACCUUCAUCCUGCUCAAUGACGCCUUCACCGCCAGCAGCAGUGUGUACACCAAGCAGAAACUUGGCGUGGAGGGUCUCGGGAAGUACGGUGUCUUAUUUUACAACGCACUCCUCCUUGUUAUCCCCACUGUCCUGUUCAGUGCCUUGACGGGAGAUUUACAGAUGGCCGUCACAUUUGAGGGCUGGUUUAAUAGCACAUUUGUUUUUUGUUUCCUCUUGUCCUGCAUCAUGGGGUUUGUGCUGAUGUAUUCCAUAGUCCUGUGCAGUUAUUAUAACUCUGCACUUACUACCUCAGUCGUUGGAGCAAUAAAGAAUGUUGCAGUAGCCUACAUUGGCAUAUUUGUGGGUGGAGACUACCUCUUCUCUUGGACUAACUUCAUAGGCCUCAGCAUUUGUAUGUCAGGUGGACUCGCCUACUCCUUUAUCACCUUUAGCACCAAAUCGUCUCAAGUGAAAGCAGAAGUGAAACAGUCGGGGACGGUCAUCACACUAGAUCCAAAAGGGAGGGGAGCCACCAUCUUCUAAAUGAAUGAUGUUUGAGCAUUCACCACUUGGUGGCAUUGUUCUGCUUCAUAUUGGAGCAUAAUAUUGCUUCCACACUUUGAUCAACCUUCGUUAUGUAUAUUAGAUUUUCAUCAUGUUUAUUACACAUUAAUUACUGAGCCAGUUCGGGUGGGCUGGGGGUGUGGGAAGAAACUGUCGAAUUAGGGGGAAGAUCUGGUUGAAGGGGGAAUCUGUAUUAUAAUUUAAUUAUUUAUUUAUUUUGUAAAUUGUGACACAAGGCAUUUUUCAACAUUUUUGUAAAGUUCUCAGGAAAUGAUGUAAAAAACAGAAUCUGAAUGUUAUUUAUGACUGUUUUUUUCAUAUGAUGCUGAUUA